AUGCCCCGUCCUGGCCAGGUCCUGGGUCUGGUCGGUACAAACGGUAUCGGAAAGAGCACGGCGCUGAAGAUUCUGAGCGGAAAGCUCAAGCCAAACUUGGGUCGUUACGACAACCCGCCUGACUGGGAGGAGAUUCUGAAGUACUUCCGCGGUUCUGAGCUUCAGAACUACUUCACCAAGGUGCUCGAAGACAACCUCAAGGCUGUCGUCAAGCCCCAGUAUGUCGACCAAAUCCCCAAGGCCAUCAAGGCCACCGACCGAUCCGUGGGCAAGCUCAUCAAGGCCCGCUCGCAGAUGGAAAACCUUGACGAGAUGAUUGACGAUCUGGAACUACGACACAUUUUCGACCGCGACGUCGGUCAACUGUCCGGUGGUGAGCUGCAGCGUUUCGCCAUUGCGCUUGUGUGCGUUCAGCAAGCCGACGUGUACAUGUUCGACGAGCCAUCUUCUUUCCUCGAUGUCAAGCAGCGUCUUGCCGCCGGUCGAAAGAUUCGCAGUCUGCUCCGCCCCGACGACUACGUCAUUGUUGUCGAGCACGACUUGUCUGUGCUCGACUAUCUCUCUGAUUUCAUUUGCGUUCUCUACGGAAAGCCUGCCGUCUACGGUGUCGUCACUCUUCCAGCAUCCGUCCGUGAAGGUAUCAACAUCUUCUUGGACGGUAACAUUCCCACUGAGAACCUGCGUUUCCGUGAGGAAUCGCUUCAGUUCCGAAUUGCCGAGGCUGGUGAUGAAUACAUGGCUGACCACAACCGCGGUUACUCGUACCCCAGCAUGAAGAAGACUUUGGGCGACUUUGAGCUCAACAUUGAGUCUGGUGCCUUUACCGACUCUGAGAUUCUGGUUAUGAUGGGCGAAAACGGAACCGGAAAGACGACCUUUUGUAAGAUGCUUGCAGGCGCUCUGCAGCCCGAUGGCGACACCAAGAUCCCCAAGAUGAGCAUCAGCAUGAAGCCCCAGACCAUUACUCCCAAAUUCCAGGGUACCGUCCGACAACUGUUCUUUAAGAAGAUCAAGGCCGCCUUCUUGAGCCCGCAAUUCCAGACGGAUGUCUACAAGCCCCUUAAGAUGGACGACUUUAUCGACCAGGAAGUUCAGAACCUCUCUGGUGGUGAAUUGCAACGUGUUGCCAUUGUCUUGGCUCUCGGUAUGCCUGCCGACAUUUACCUCAUCGACGAGCCCAGCGCGUACCUCGACUCGGAACAGCGUAUCAUCGCGUCACGUGUCAUCAAGCGCUUCAUCAUGCAUUCUAAGAAGACUGCAUUCGUUGUCGAGCACGACUUCAUCAUGGCCACGUAUCUCGCCGACCGUGUCAUUGUCUUCGACGGUCAGCCUGCUGUCAAGGCACGUGCCAACAAGCCCGAGUCGCUGCUUACUGGUUGCAACACCUUCUUGAAGAACCUGGAUGUCACCUUCCGUCGUGACCCCAACUCGUACCGCCCUCGUAUCAACAAGGACAGGUCUCAACUUGACCAGGAGCAGAAGCUGAGUGGAAACUACUUCUUCCUGGAGGAUGAUAGUUGA